AUGAGUACAACCACCCUCGAAGGUUCUACUAACCCCGAUGCACUCGCUGGGCUACUGGACGACUUCCGCCCAUUCCUCGAGGAGAGCCUGAUUUUGGCAAUCGUGGGGGAUUAUGAUUUAACCACACAAGCCGAGGCCGCUAGGGGCACGCUGCAGUUGCUUGCCUCUGACGCCGAGAGAGAAGAGACGUCGACUUUCAACCCCAGCGGCAUUGCUCUUGAUGCUGUCUUGUCAGAGUCUGCGGACCAUAGGGCGAGCGUCUUGGGGUCCACUAGGACAGAUGACACACCUUGGUUCUCGUCCGUGACAUCGGACAGUCCUCUCGACGCCGAGGUUGCGCCUUGGAGUGAAGGCCAAGACGUCCCGGAUGACGAAAAAGAGGCGACCCUCAUAGCCAUGUUUCCGGAGAUGAAGGUUUUUGAUGUCAAAUUCGAGCUGCAGCGCGCAAAUGGCGACUUUGAAAAGGCCAUGUUGGCUUUGUUGAACAUCCAGUACCUUGAUGAAGCUGGUGAGCUGCAAAGGGGCACAGUCGUGGGAACGGAAAGCCCCGGCACACGAAGCCGGAAGAAGUCAAAAGGCAAGAAAAAGGCUACUGCAAAAAGCAACGGCGUAAAGUCGAAUCUUCGUCUCGACGUGGCCUAUAAGCUGAAACCUGUUUCUUUGGACGAGCCUGAUGAAGAAUCCAGCUCAACCACAUCACCAUUACGAUCUCCAUUAUACAGCCCCAUCUCAUCGUCAGGCUUCGCAUCGCCAGCUCCGCAGGCUUCCCAGCAGCGGAAACCCCUGCCCGACCCUUUAAGCUGGCAGACAGUCGAGUCACGGAAGGCCGCGACUCCGAAAACCGGUCCCGCUCUCAUCUCGGGGCUGCUCUCCCAAGAUUCCUCAGCAUCACUCCGCGACGCGGCAGGCCAUUCCUUCGGCCAGGCGCACAACGCAUACCGCCGCGGUCGCUCCGACCCGCUCUUCCGCACCGCCGCCGUAGUCUACUCGGAGCGCGGCCACUCCCAGAUCGGUGCGGCGCAAGUUCGCGAGCGUGCCGACUACGAAGCCCUCGUCGACCGCCAGAGCGCGGGCGACCCGGACCUCAUCGACCUGCACGGAGUGCCCGUGCGCCAGGGGGUCGAGAUGGCGCUCGCCAGGACCCGGCGCUGGUGGCGGCGUCUGGUCGAGACGGAGGAGCACGGCGCGAGGGCCGCCGCCAGACAGAGGCCGUUUGUCGUGGUCACGGGCUCGGGGAACCAUAGCGCCGGUGGCGUGUCCCCGCUUCGGCAGUCGGUCGGCGUGGCACUCGCGCGGGAUGGAUGGUGCGUCGAGGCGCAGACAGCCAAGUUUGUCGUCUCUGGGCGCAAAAAGCCUUGA